AUGAAGCCGGUUGAGGGUUCCAUCACAUUCAGUUCUGGAAUAGACACAAUAAACGAAUCAGAUAUCGACGAUGAAAUCUUCCUGGGGAACGAACCCUCGAUUGUUCUUGAAAGACGCAGAAGGUCACACACAGCUGCUGAACAACGCAGGCGGAAUGCAAUUAAAAAAGGAUACGAAGAACUACGUGAGUUGGUCUACCCGAAAAACAGUGGUUCCAGCUCCACAAACCGUAUCAGUAAAACUUGCAUUUUAAACAAAACGGUCUCCGAAAUUGAAAAACACAACAAAGAACUUGAGCAAAAACAGACAGAUAUUGAACGGUUAGAGAAAUCCGUGGCGACUCUGAAGAUACUAAACUCCUUCUACGAGGAACGAGCUAAAGGCACAAUCCCCCAGAACGCUCCUGCGGAACCAGUUUCUGACGAACUGAAGUUUCACAUUUUCAAAUUAUUUUCCGAUUCAUUAUUCGCCUCAUUCGAUUCACGGGUUUCCUUAGCGCCGUUUUCAGAAUUCGCAGACUGUAUUUUGCGAUGGCUUGAGGACACUUGCGAUCGACGGUUCUUGUCAAAGCUGAUGGAUUCUGUGGUAUCUUCCACCUUACUCGUAACUGAAGAUCAAAGUGUCAUUCCUAGGGCCAUGUCUGGAAACUUCUGCCCCAAUCCUUCGGAUUUAUCACCCAACCAGGGAUCAACAGGAUUUCCCGCCAAUUCACCCGACAAUGUGCCUUUCAAGGACAGUCCUCAUUCCGGCGAAUGGAUACAAUCCGAUACCGUGAGUAACAAAGCAGCCAUACCUAUCAUGCCUGAUACGGAUUAUCCUGUUAAACCGACGCCACUGUCUUCUGCCACUUACGAGCAACACCAACCAUUCACUAACAAUCCAGACAUCGUGCCUAAUAAUUCGGGUUUCGCCUCCACACACGACCAUGCUCCAACUACCACUCCAACCAAGUUUAAUGGCCAUAAGCGAAACUCUUUACCUCAUGAUUUGACGGUUGUGUUCAGAGCGCAAGCGUCGAAACCUGUUGAAUCGGCUUCUUCUUCUUCUAGUAAACGGGACUUUGAUUUCCCUGUACCUCAUUCGACCCUCGCUUCUGCAUCACGCGGGAUCCGAUCAUCGGGAACAUUCGCUCCAAAGUUUCCGGCUUUGGUUUCUACGCAACCCAGCGGAAGUACUGCGAUGCCAUCAUCUUUUGGACUAACGACCUCCGCUGCUCAAUACAAACCUUUCUUUUGACUUUGCUCUCUAGAAUUUCCGUUUUUGAUUUUGUCUCCUGCCCCUGAUUAAUCUCGUAAAUUUGUCAACUCUCCGGAUCGUGAUGAUGAUCGGAUUUGUUAUAUCAUUUUUUGGCCCUUUUCCACACUGCUGAGAUACCUGAAAACUAGUCUUUUCGUUACGUCUUUGACUUUCUAUCGAAUGGUGUGCCCCUACAGAGCCCGUAUCACGUUUUUGAGCAAUCUACGCUUAUGAGCAAUCACCAUUCAGUGAAUAUAUUCAUCCCUCUGAUUACACACCUGCCGUAUUUUGUUUUUGUGCCCACCGGUUUGCUCUGACGGGGAGCUCAUUGACUCUUACCUGGCUUUUUUCAAGCUAGGGGGCGCGCAAUAACUCAGUGGAAAAAUGCGAGACAACUGUAACGUAAUUAUCCUACAUUUUGAACUGUGCACACAUUAGUCUGAGUCGCCUGCUUGCUAAGUAGUAUCUUUGCGAUAUGUUGACGUUAUCUAAAACUGCUAAAUUGAUUACAUUUCGUUCUCCACUGGUGCCCUCCUCUUUUAUCCGGUGACCACGUAUUCCUGCAAACCUUU